GUUGGAACCUAGGAAAGAGAGAACUGUUCGGGAUGAAGCUAUAAUCCGUAUUGUGUUGUACUUUAUUCGAAACAUUGUCAUGCUCUCGCAACCCAAAGGACUCCCGGCCGACGGAGACGAAGCCGAGAUAUCACGUUCGGCGGCCAUCGACGCUUGCCAUUCUCAGGACAUUUUCCAGAUGCUUCUCACUAUCUCCUCGAGCAUGGGGGAUGAGUUCGUCUUACAGGAUGUAGUAGUUCUAGAGAUACUGUUCCACCUGGUGAAAGGUGUGGAUGCUGAGAAGUUGUUCAUGGAAGAGAAGAAGCUGUCGACCAAGAAUACCGAGGAGCUCAAAGAUUUGAUCCAAAAAGAGAAGGCUAUGCUCGCUGGAUACGCCCGCCAUGCUCCAACUAGACACAAUCGAUUCGGGACAAUGAUCUGGGUGAAGAGGGAUGACGAGCGAGUCUCUACCAUUUCUGGACAGGACGUUCUCGGAAAGGCUCAGGUCAGCUUGCGAAAGAUGGAUAAGACCAAGAAGUGGAAUAAGCCACGCAACCGGGGUCCUAGAAAGGACGAUGAGGCCAGUCGAGAAGAGUUCGACCUGCCAGUCCCACUAACGCCUUCCGGACGGAAACACCUGAAAGCUUUUGUCGAGGACUUCCUGGAUUCGUCUUUCAACCCCCUUUUUAUCCACUUGCGGAGAGCUAUUGAACGCGAGGAGGAGCGGGUUGAAUCGCGCCACUCUCGGCAAUACUUCUAUCUUAUAUCGUGGUUUCUGCGAGCUGAAUGCGCUCGUCGCCGCCAAAUUAAAGAGAGUUUCGCAAAGUCGAACGAUCUGACGGCAAUCACAGCAGAGGAUGAAAGUUUCGGUCUUAUUGCCGGGGUCAUGAACCAGGAAACUUUCAUUCUCCUCAACCGAUUUAUGCAAAGAAGUAUCGAUGAGAAGACCUGGCAGGACCUGAAUGCGGGCAUGAAAUGCUUCACGCAGAUUCUCCACACAGUACAGGAGAUGUCCGAAGCGGCCUUGGAGGAGGACCAAGAGAUUGCAGAAAACAUUCAAAACCGCAUUUUUUACGAAGAGUCAACACAUGAACGUAUCAUUGCCAUUCUACGGGGCUACAAAGAUCAAGGAUUUGGCUACCUGGAUGCUUGCACGGAGCUUUCCCAUGUCUUCCUACGCAUGCUCGAGCGCUAUUCGAAACAAAACCUCGACCUACAGGUGCGAUCUCGACGACGAGCGCGAAAGAAGCGCAAGACUCCGGUACGAACAGAGGAGGGUGAAGAAAACCGCGAUGAUGCAAAUGGCUCCGAAAAUGAAGAGCUCCAGGAAGCCCAGCGGACCACUAGCGAACGUAAAUUUGAUUUUGCUCGAUUUUCAGCGAGAUUCAUGAACCAGAGCUGUGUUAAUACCUUUGUCUCGUUUACGCGGUUCUACAACGACUUGAAUGCGGAGCAGUUGAAGCGGGCCCACCGGUUCUUCUAUAAGGUUGCAUUCAAGGUGGACAUGAGCGUUCUUCUCUACCGGGCCGACAUACUUCAGCUAUUCAACAAGAUGAUCAAAGGACCUGAAGGGCUAGAUCCCGAGCUUCCUGCAUUCAAAGAGUGGGAAGAGUUUGUGAAGCACUUCUUUAGAACAGCUGUGAAGAAGAUCCAGGAGCGACCGGAGCUCGUGGUAGAGAUGCUUUUCAGCAAGAUCAACGCUACGACCUACUACUUGCAACAUGGUUACGAUAAAGAAAUAGUCACUCGAACGCCUCGUGCUCCGGCAGAGCUGGAAGUUAAGGGUGGGAUGGAGAAGGCUGAUCAGAUUGGUGUGGCUGUGGGUGUGCUACUCAAUCAGGCAAAGUCAGAUGCUCUGAAGUGGUUAAAGGACAUCAUGUCCUCGGCUGCUGAUGAACGUAAGAGCUGGGAGGACAUGGAAGAAGGGAGGAAAGCAAUGGCCGAGUCUGAGGCACAGCCAUCAGUUGAAGGCGAAGAUGCACCGGCCCUGCCGGAAGACGAGGAGGGACCUAAAACACCUCCAAUCAUCGUGAAACCUGACAAUGAAGAACGGCGGAUCGCCCUGUAUAAAGACAACAAACUCCGGCUCCUUAUGACGUUGCUCGGCUUUCUAAGGCUUGGUCUCGACACCGAUAUGGAGGCCAAUUGGAUCAUUCCCCACACAUUGACUGCCUCCGACUUGAAGGAGGCAGUGAACCUAAUACAGAAGUUCGAGUUCGAUCCUCCCACCUAUGAAGAUGGCAAGGCAGCCGAAGACUUCCUACGAAGCAAGGCAGCUGGCCGUAGGAGACGCGCUUCGUUCGACGACGAUUCCGAAGGUGCUGGCGGGUCUCAGAGCGAGGACCAUGGGGAGUAUGGCGCUCUAGGCCCUACCGCCACGAAGUCAGAUGCGCUGGAGGAGUUGAAGAAACGUCGUAGGCGGAGACGACGGAGUGGAACGCCGCAAGAGCUUGAUGAUGCGGAAAAGGAGCGACGGAAAGAGGCCAGACGACUGAAGGACCUUGAAAAGCAAGCGAAGCACAAGAGUACGAUGUUUGUUCACGACUCGGACGACGAGUCAGAUGAGGAAAGAGACAGAAUAUUCUUUGAGCGGGAGGAAGAGUUGAGGAAGGCUACGGGGAGAGAGCAUGCGAAGGUCAUCAGUACUGAAAAGACCAAGAAGCCAGUGUCGAAGAAGCGGAAGUCAGCUGCUGGACCGAAGACAGGACGGAAGAAGCGAAAGGAGAUGUCUUCAGACUCAGAAGAGAACGAGAGCGAAGAGGAUAUAAUUGGCGUGAGCAGCAGGGCCUCGUCGGUUGCCAUUGGUGAUAUACUGGCGAGCGAUGAUGAGGAAACUACUGACACGCCCAUCUCAUCUCAACACCACGAAGCAGGACAGGCCAGCGACGAGGACGGUUCAGGGCUAAUAUCAAGAGCUGCUGCAACUGCAAAAGAGGAUGCGAUGAUGGUGGAUGACGAUGAGGACGACGACGACAUCGCUCCAGCCCGGCGGCCUGUGGCGAGGAGGAUGCGGGCUGGCUUUGUGAUUGACAGCGAUUCGGAGUAGUUUUGCAUACUGUGUUCUGGAUCACUGCAACGGUUAGGGGAUGGAAUCACGUCCCGAAUAGAUACCCAAUGAAGACACGUACAGAAUCAACUCUUUGAGCAAGUCUCGGUAGCUGUAGUGGUCUCGGAACGGGCCAGUAUGCCCGAAGAUGCUGAAGCGAGAAGCUUUGUAUCAGACUAUUUCCUUGCUAUCCUACACGAUUGCCGACUCAGUAUUAAUUUGUACCUGUAUGUUCUUCGGGAAUAGCAACUGCGCAAGGCUGGUGAAGCCAUAAAGCCG